UCUGUGUAGCGGUAGCGCCACGUGUCUCCCAUGCGGCUGCUGGAAACAAUACUUCGGGAAGAUUCGUGCAGCGUCGUCAACAAAUCAGAAAGAGCCUCCCCAUUCGCCGUUGUCAGUUGCCGGUUCUGCUUCCCCCAAAGUCCAAAGUCCAUCUCCGUUUGUACGCAGCAGUUCAUUCAGUGUUAUCUAUAUGCGUGGCGUUGCGCUCUUGGCUGCUAAAAGGAAAUUCAAUCAAAUCUCCAAGGUUAAAGGAUCAGGUUCAUGCGGUAUGAUGGCGACUUCGCCUCAUAAGAAAAAAGCGAACAACGAAUUUAGCGAAGAGAAACCAAUUACAAAGGAGGACAUUGACCCUGUUGUUACCGUCAGCAGACCCCCACCGUUUCCCCCAGUUCUUGGACCAUUAGUCGCUCUCACACUGUUAGAGACGGGGUUCAAUGGUGAUGCCGAUGGUAAAUCUUGAUUGCAGGUGUGGUAACAAACUGGUUGCUUGUUAAUGAAUUAGCUACUCACUCCCUUCCCUUCUUGCACUGUGUUACUUACCGCCAAAGAAUAUCCUGUAUAUGUAAAUCGCAAUGUUGUAUGUAUAGCCGAACAAUCGAGCCCCAAUGCUCCAACACUUGAUGUACCACUUUAGUAGUGGGUUGACAAUAAGAGGUGCUAUGAGCAUGUUGUAGAUUUGUUUUA